UGACGUUUUUGUCCAGUAACAACGAGCAAGAGACUAGAUCAUUUCCGGGGUUGGUUCUAGAUCGAAAAUAUAUUAUAAUUGCGAGCUCUACCCGGAAAGAAGCCACAGCGGUGUUCGGGUGCUGCACACAUACAUUUCAGAUGUCAGACUAUGUCAUGUAAACUCAGAGUAACAGCGGAUUUAAACUUCCAUUUUACCCUGGUGAGACGCGUUUUACUCUUCCACUUCAGACGCACUGGCGCACACUGACCAGUUAAAACUGUGAUGUGGUAGCAGGCAGCAGUAUGCCGUACGUGGACAGACAGAACCGUGUCUGUGGCUUUCUAGACAUCGAGGAGAAAGAGGGCAGCAACCGCUUCCAGAGACGCUAUUUUAUACUGGACACACAGGGCAACACACUGCUGUGGUACAUGGACAACCCCCAGAACCUGCCCAGUGGAGCGAACGCAGUCGGGAGUCUGCAGCUGACAUAUAUCUCCAAGGUGAGCGAGGCCACGGGGAAACAGAAGCCCAAGACUGAGUUCUGCUUUGUGAUCAAUGCAGUAUCUCGGCGGUAUUUCCUCCAAGCCAACGAUGCUGCAGACCUCAGAGACUGGGUCAUUGCUCUCAACAAAGCCACCAAGAUCACUGUCCCGAAAGCUAGACCUCUCCAGCCAAGGACAGAGGUUUCUAUGGUAACCGGUGAGGCAGGGGGUAAGAGGCAGGCCUAUAAGACUGAGAUCAUCGGAGGAGUGGUGGUGCACACCCCCAUGUACCAGAAUGAGGGGGAGGAGAUGGAGGUAGGGGACAGGAAGGUCAACGCUGUAGGCAGUAGACCAGGCGUGCUGAGGUGUGGCUACUGUGUCAAACAGGGUAACAUGAGGAAAAGCUGGAAAAGGCGUUUCUUCAUGCUGGACAACAAUUCUGUCAGUUACUACAAGUGUGAGACGGUGAGGUCAUAUCCUGUCUCUCCUCUCUCCUCUCAUAAGGAGCCGCUAAGAGCGGUUCUUCUGAGAGACAUUCAGAAGGUCCAUGAAUGUCUGGUCAAAUCUGGGGACCUGCUGAUGAGGGAUAACCUGUUUGAGAUUAUCACCAGCUCUAGGGUUUUCUACAUCCAGACAGACACUCCAGAGGACAUGCAGGGCUGGAUCAGAGACAUUGAGGGGAAGAUACAGGACUUCAGAGGCCCGGGCAAGAGCUCUGCAUUCACACGUGCCUCCUCCUCUCUGUAUUGCCAUGGUAACUCCUCCCACCAACCCUCUGUUGUCCGUGGUCGUCAGGGAGAUGACAAGAGACCCCCUUUAGUGAAGUCAUGUUCCGUGGCCCCGGGGUGGCAGCCCUGGACCCCCGUACCCCAAAGAGAGGCUCCCGCACUGGGCAUACUAGAUAAGGACGGUCCCUUUAGCUCUCUGCUGCCCAGCCUCUCCUCUCUCUCUCUUUCCACCUCCUCAUCUUUAUCCUCCCUCCCCACUCCCACCCCACAGGGGGUCUCAGCUCCAGCCAGUGGUGUGGGGGUCCCAGUCUGCCCAGGCCCCAUAGCCCCAGGCCCCUCCAGCAGCCGGAGGAGACACCGCUCUCAGCCUCAGCCCACCACAGACCGCAGCUUCCCUUUCAGCCUGGACCAUGAUGGCAUCCGCACCACCGACGUCUAGAACCAACCACGACUAGACCAACAGAACUCUGGAUCCAACAAUAUGUGGAACCACCAACAUCUAGAGCAACAAUGACACUUGAUUGAGUGCCUUUCCCUUUGAAAGACUAAACCUUCCCUCCCCCAGCCACUCUCCUUUGAGAGUUCCAUAGGCCUGCUGCUUUGGCUGCGGCUGCUGUGGGCUGUUUGCUAAAGUAGCCCCCCAUCCAACUCUCUCUCUGGAGGCCUGUGGCCCCCUAUUGGUGGGGGAGGGUAGUGAUGCAAAUUGCGGUUCCUGGAUGUGUUCUCUCAGUGAGGGGUGUGUUAGUAGUGGCUGUGGGCUUCUGGUAUAAAGGGUUAUUCGGAGAGACUGGGAGGGGUUAUCAGUGUUGGAGUGUCUGGUAGACUGCGAAGGGUUAAGUUAUGUGUUGUACGAUUUCUUCUUAAAACCUGAAUGUAGUUCUCCCAUGUACUGAGAUGAAGGAAGGUUUGUAUUGUGUUGGAGCCUGGUCUGUCUACCAAAUACCCUCUAAUAGUAUUAGUCAGCUGGUCUUUUACCUGUAUUAACCAAAUCUAAAGUAUGUCCCAAUUGGCACCCUAAUUCACUAUAUCAUGCAGUACUUUUUUUACCAGAGCCUUAUGGGCCCUAGUCAAAGGUAGUACACUAUAUAAUGAAUGUGGUGCCACUGCCAAUUGGGACGCAACCCAAGAGUCCCAUUCAAUCCAUCACCUGGUCAUAGAAUAGUGACGAUGUUCGUGUCUGUGGCUCUGCUUUUCUCUAGACAAUGUUGUUCCCUUGUUAGACUAAAUCCAAUUGCAUUAAAUCGGUACAUCAGCAGCGCAUUUUAUGGUAUUUCUGCACACUUUUCCGCUAGCCUCGUUCUCUUGCUCGAAUGCAAAGGAUUUACUACUCCAGAGGGAGUGGAAAUAUUUUGGGUGUCUCAGAUUGUUCUAGCAAUUCUCACAUUGUAACUUCAUUAGGAGGAACGAUGUUUGACAUGCUUUUUACAUUUGUAUCACAAACAAUUCUUUUGAUAAAUGUGGCCAUUUUUAGACCUAUACAUUAUGACUGGGAUGAUACCAGUAUCGCGAGGAAACAAAGCACGAAGCAGAUUUAACUUCUUUAGGAAAACAGCAAUAAUGUUGGAAACAAACAUCAGGUUGUCAUCCAGAGUCACAUUUAUUCAUUUUCCAAGCUGAAGCACAUUAUUUUACAUACAGCAGGUUUUUAAAGGACCGAAGAGUUUGGUCUACUUUGUGUUUUGCCAUCGACAGAUUAUCACAAUACUGCCCUAUGAUCUGUGAACCAUACAUGAUACAGACAACAUCUGGGUGCCAUUAUACUCCUUAUAGUGUCCUCUAACAUAUGGAGUAUGUCUAGAUUCUGAAAUACUCAUUUUCACAUUCAUAUCUCAAAAACUACCCUUUGAUUUAGCUUUCUUUCUUUUUUUACAUAUAGUUUAUGACGCUCUUCAAACAAGUAAAAAUUUCCAGAUUGGGCUCUCUCUAGUACUUUUCACCAUAUGACCCAUUUUAUACAUAGAAAUUGACAUUAUAGAUCAUUAAUCAAUCACAGCCCUACUGUAGGAUGCAUAUUCAGCAAGUCGCCAGCAGAGGAAGUUCCGUUUGAAUCGAUUUUCCCAUAAAAUGUUAUCAAAGAGCCCACAAUGGAAUUUUGAUUUACUUGCAGAGCAGCUGUUUCCAAACUAGGGGGCGCACCAACAUUUUGUGGGGGUGUACGGGACCUUACUUGAUUAAAGGGCUCAUUCUUAUUGUUUUUUUCUUCUUUACAAUUCACAAUUGUUUAAACCAAUCUAAAACAACUCAUAUAUCCGCAAUGCUUUAGGCUAGAGACAAGCGGUAAAAUGCCAGAGGACAAUACGAUUCUGAUGCACAUGAGCUGAGACAUUCUAAAGUCGAGGAGUCAAAGAAAUUGGACUUCGCAUGGGAGGUAAUCCAAUACAAUGUUUGACUCUGAGUAUACCAAACAUUAGGAACACCUUCCUAAUAUUGAUUAUUGAUACAGCCUUAAUUCGUCAGGGCAUGGACUCUACAUGUUGUCGAGAGCGUUCCACAGGAAUGCUGGCCCAUGUAGACUCCAAUACUUCCCACAGUUGUGUCAAGUAGGCUGGAUGGUCCUUGGUGGACCAUUCUUGAUACACACAGGAAACUGUUGUGCAUGAAAAACAUCAAUAAGGGAUCAUAGCUUUCACCUGGAUUCACCUGGUCAGUAUGUCAUGGAAAGAGCAGGUGUUCUUAAUGUUUUGUAUACUCAGUGUAUAAUUACUUUUGAGGGUUUAUAUAAAUUAUCAUAAAACAUUUGGUAGUGGAAUAACAUUUAGGAUAAAUCAGGUCUAGACUUUAUAUUCCUUUUAAUGUAUUAUUAUUAUCAUUAAAUAGCCUACGUAAAAUAUGUCAUGAGUCCUGCUAAACUAGAAGAAUUGAAGGAAAUUAACUUCGAAACAACACAUUUUUCCCGGAGUGGGGGGGGCAUUUCUCAAAUAUGAAAAGGGGGGCCCUGGGGGAAACAGGUUGGGAACCCCUGAUGUAAAGUAUAUUGUUCCACACAAUGUGUUUAAAAUGAACAAAAUCUAAGAGUCGUUAUGGGAUAUUCAUAUUUUAUGUUAAAUAAAUGAAUGUAAACUUUUUAUUUCAGAAUCUAGACAUACUCCAUAUUUUAGAGAACACUAUACAGAGUGUGAUGACACCCAGAUGUUAUCUGAAUCAUGAAUGGUUCACAGAUCAUAGGGUCUUACAGGAGGCAUGUGACUUGUGAAAGUAUUCACCCCCCCUUCACAUUUUUCCUUUUGUUGUCUUACAACCUGGAAUUAAAAUAGUUUUUUUUGGGGGGGGGGGGGGGGGAUCAUUUGAUUUACACAACAUGCCUUCCUCUUUGAAAAUGCAAAAUAUUUUGGGGAAACAAACAAGAAAUAAGACAAAAAAACAGAACUUGAGCGUAUCUGUUCACCCCCCUCCCAAAUCAAUACUUUGUAGAGCCACCUUUUGCAGCAAUUACAGUUGCAAGUGUCUUUGGGUAUGUCUCUAUAAGCUUGGCACAUCUAGCCACUGGGAUGUUUGCCCAUUAUUCAAGGCAAAACUGCUCCAGCUCCCUCAAGUUGGAUGGGUUCCGCUGGUGUACAGCAAUCUUUAAGUCAUACCACAGAUUGUCAAUUGGAUUGAGGUCUGGGCUUUGACUAGGCCAUUCCAAGACCUUUAAAUGUUUCCCCUUAAACCACUCGAGUGUUGCUUUAGCAGUAUACUUAGGGUCAUUGUCCUGCUGGAAGGUUAACCUCCGACCCAGUCUCAAAUCUCUGGUAGACUGAAACAGGCUUCCCUCAAGAAUUUCCCUGUAUUUAGCGCCAUCCAUCAUUCCCUCAAUUCUGACCAGUUUCCCAGUCCCUGCCGAUUUAAAAAAAAAAAAAAAAAUGGUGUGGUGGUGUUCUCGGGGUGAUGAGAGGUGUUGGGUUUGCGCCAGACAUAGCAUUUUCCUUGAUGGCCAAAAUGCUAAAUUUUAGUCUCAUCUGACCAGUGUAUCUUCUUCCAUAUGUUUGGGGAGUCUCCCACAUGCCUUUUGGUGAACACCAAUCAUGUUUUCUUAUUUUUUUCUUUAAGCAAUGGCUUUUUUCUGGUCACUCUUCCGUAAAGACCAGCUCUGUGGAGUGUACGGCUUAAAGUGGUCCUUAUGGACAGAUACCCCAAUCUCCGCUGUGGAGCUUUGCAGCUCCUUCAGGGUUAUCUUUGGUCUCUUUGUUGCCUCUCUGAUUAAUGCCCUCCUUGCCUGGUCUGUGAGUUUUGGUGGGCGGCCCUCUCUUGGCAGGUUUGUUUUGGUGCCAUAGUCUUUUUUUAAAUUAUGAGUUUAAUGGUGCUCUGUGGGAUGAUCAAAGUUUCAGAUAUUUUUUUACAACUCAACCCUGAUCUUUACUCCUCCACAACUUUGUCCCUGACCUGUUUGGAGAGCUCCUUUGUCUUGGUGCUGCUUGCUUGGUGGUGCUGCUUGCUUAGUGGUGUUGCAGACUCUGGGGCCUUUCAGAACAGCUCUAUAUAUAAUGAGAUCAUGUGACACUUAGAUUACACACAGGUGGACUUUAUUGAACUAAUUAUGUGACUUCUGAAGGUAAUUGGAUGCACCAUAUCUUAUUUAGGGGCUUCAUAGCAAAGGGUGUGAAUACAUACACACGCACCACUUUCCACUUUUUUUUACAAGUAUUUUUUUUUUCACCAAUUUUGACUAUUUUGUGUAUGUCCAUUAAAGGAAAUCAAAAUAAAAAUAUAUUUAAAUUACAGGUUGUAAUGCAACAAAAUAGGAAAAACACCAAGGGGUGUUACUUUUGCAAGGCACUGUAUAAGUCUUAAAAGGGCCAAAAAUGCCCACUUUCAUCAUGAUUUUCUCAAAAAUAGUUUGUGAUACAAAUGUAAAACCCAUUUCAAACAUCCUUCUUUCCAAUGAUAUUAAUAUGUGAGAAAUGCCAGAACAACCUGAGAUAUCAAAACUAUUUUCAGCUGGCGUGGAAUCGCCGAUGGUAUUGUGUUAUGUCUUAUGUUUUGCCUGCCUGCACCUCACCAACCUGUUCCAGGUGUGCUUUUCUCCUUCUCUUCAAAACCAAACAUGUCAUGUUUAUGAUUCUAUGUAUAGACUCCUGUUAUUCAUCACAAACGUGUGUGUGUGUGUAUUCUCAUCAUGGUUGACUGGCUGGCCAAACAUUUUAGAAACAAGAUGAUGUAUUUGUCUAUUUUCUACUUUACACCAAGUACAAACAUACACCUAAUGUUUGUUUUUAAAGGUAAGCAUAUUUUCAACAUUAAGUACUGUCAUUCCAGAAAAGAGAAUGGUUAAAUGCUAAUGUGCGAUUAAUGUAUUUUUCUCUUCUGGUUAGUGUUUUCUGAUUCAUUCCUGUUUUGCAUAUGUAUUUUACCUGGGUACCUGGUGUCCACUCACCUUCCUGAUGAAAUGGUGUUGUUUUUUUACUUGUAAGCAAGCACAUUAAAUAACAAGGGAAGCUUUUUA